CUCUGUUGUUGUGUCUUAUCAGCUGGUGUUUGUGCUCCUAGAAGUACCUCCCACCCACAAAAAAGGUAGUGACUUUAAUAGGUUUCGUUUCCUCAAAGUGAGUCUGCGGAUUACCAGAUUUUAAUGUUUGUGUCUUUUUUUUUGCACUCAAGAGAGGUAAUUAACUUAAUAAUUUUCCCAUGGCGGGUCUGAGUCAGAGAGAAAGAGAAGGAAGCAGGCAAUUGUUGCAGCUCCUGGCGACCCCUGAUCUUCAAUCACUAGCAGGGACUGUCACCAAAAACAGAAACCAGGCUUUCAGCCGAACAGGUAAGAGGCAGAGCCAAAGAUAGAAGCAACGCACACAGAGAAUACAAUGGUACCUUGACCAUGUACAAGCUCAUCAAAUAUAAAAGGUUACUAUGGAGGUAUCAAAAUGAUUUGGCUGAAAUGUAUACAUUUUAUUUUCUUUACAUAAAAUGUAGAAUUCUUAUUGCAUAACCUUGAAUUGUCUAUCACGGUUAAGUGACUUUGAAUAUUAAUCACAACAGCAUAUGUGAAAGAAACUUUCUCUAUCUUUCUCUUUGCCUGUAUCCCCCCCCGCCCCCUCCCCUUCUCUUUUUGUCUUCCUGAAUUGCACUGUAUUCACAGCUAUGUAAACAAUAUGAUGAUUUUUUUUAGCAUCUCAGAGUGCACUGACUUCCUGUAGUAUAGUAAAUCAAUUUUUCUUGAGUUGUCCUAACGGAAGUCUUUCUGAAGAUUUAUGCCUGGCAGUUAUAAAUACAUAUAAUUUUUAGCUUAAGUGGUAUUUCUUUAAUUUUACAGUAAGAUGAAAAAAAAGGGCAUUUUCCUGCAGGAGAACCGCUGACACAGAUCAACAGUUUCAAAUUUCAAAAUUCAUAUUUAUAUAUUUUUUUAAACUGUAUUUUUUUAAAUUUAUUGUAUUUCCUUUGUAAACAAAUGGCUAUAUUGCAAAAUCUUUAGGGCUUUUGCUCAAUAGUACCCACCUACAUCUAAGGCUGCUACACAUGUCACUUUUACAUUAGGUAAAAUGUAAAUUCUUUUACAGCCAGCGAUAACAAGGUGGUUUAUAUUGGUGUAUUUCAUGAUACAUAGACUAGAGAAGCAAAAUGGAUUGUGUUGGGUAUGGUUUAUAUGCUACUGUCUCAGACAUGAAUUUUUGACAAGCAGUAACAGUGGGGAAGGUGUGGACAUGGAGGAGUGAAGAGCACCAGACCUUACACAAAUGAAUGUCAGCCCUAAGGAGAGUUGGGUUGAACACCAACUUCCCAUGUGGGAUUAACCCUAAAUCAGAAGUUUAGCAAGAUACAAAUAGCAGUGACAAGUAUGGAAAGUGAAGAGAUAAAAUAAAAUAAAAAUACUUAUAAUUUCUAAUUUAAACUCAAACCAAAACAAACUGUGUCUUGUGUAUUCCCAUCACACUUCAUAAUAACAGACCAAACAUGUGAGUGAGUCUAAUUCUAAUUGCUAGCUGCCCAGAGAAUAAGUUUUAGUCAGGGCAAGUGCAAAACUAUUUUGUGCCCUAGGCAAGACCAGCUACUUGGACCCCUUUACUCAAAACAAAAAAUUACCAAAUUUGUGUGCCUCUUUCUUCCUCCAGUUGGUUUGUGUGUAUCUUUCUCUCACAAAUCACUGGUGUGUCUCAUUUUCCCCUUCCCAGACCCUCUGUAUGUCUUUUUUUCCCCAACAUCUCUGUUUACCUUUGUCCACACCACACCCUCUGUAUGUCUCUUUGUCCCCCACAACCCCUCUGUUUGUCUCCUUGUCCCCUCAGUCCCUCUGUUUGCCUCUUUGUCCCCCCAGCCCUCUUUGUGUCUCUUGGUCCCCCUCAGCCCUUUGUCUCUUUGUGGUCUCCCCUCAUCGCUUUGUGCUCUCCCACCCGUCCCAUUAUUGUCCCUCACAUCCCCUGUUCCUUUAUGGUCUCUCACCCCCUGUCACUUUAUGGUCUAAUUCCCACUUCCCUUUAUGGUCUCUUCCCCCCUGUCCCUAUAUGAUCAUAUAUCAACAGUCAACUCGAAAUCCUGCAUAUAUUAGCACCGUGUACACUACACCUGAUUUAUGUGUUAUGUCUGAACUUUGGAUGCAAUGUAUGGAUUGUAACCAGUCAAAUGGCAAACAAUGUGGUAGGGACACAUGCUUCACAAUGCAUAUAGUGGGAGUAUAUGACUUUAAAGUUCUUCAGUAAGUAGGAAGUAUGAUUAUAUAAUUCAAAUAUUGCAAUUGCUUCAGGUAAGCAUAACAGGUCGAUGGACAAACAAUAAGCCACUUGUGACCCAUAUACCACAGGGAACCUUGGUAGAUCAUUAACUGAAUAGACAUUGCCAUGGGGAAUCCACAGGAUUCCAAACUGAGAACUCGUUCCCUAAGUUGAAACAUCCCCUGAUCAGCUAAUAAAAUGAUGUGAGUCUUUAUACAGCUUACAUUGAUAUCACAAAAGUAUACUUCCCCAGCUCACCUCCCUCCUGUGUAGCAUGGCCAAGCCACUGUCCACAGUGGAGGAACUUCUAUUUCCUCUCCCCAGUCUGACAGGAAGCUGUUCGGUCCUCCUUGAAAGCACUUCUUGUCAGACCGGGUAGGGGUCUGUGGCUCAGCCAAGCUACUUGUAGUGACCGUCGGAAGGGGAGAGCUGUGCUGUGCACUCCCCUACUGCUUGACACCCGGAGACUGCUCCCCCUGAGCCGGUGCGCCGUAGGCUGCUGCCUAAUCAGCCUAGCAGUCACAGUGACCCUGUUUGUAGUCUGAAAUAAUGUGUAACUGAUAUAAAUAGGAUGAAUUAAGAGAAUUAAGAGAGAUAGGAUUGAAGACAAAAAAAUUGAAAAACAGGGGCAAAUCACACAGUUAAGAGGGUCCCUGACUGAACCUCAAAUGUCUUCUUACUAUGGCUUGUUGUAAUUAGGGAUUAUUCUAUCUUACAGUGAACGAAUAAUCUAAAUUUUAUUAAAGACAGGAGGCGAAUAUUUGCUUAUCUUUCUUUACUGUAACUCCCAGCAGCAAAGAAGUAGUUAACAAGGUUGUAAAAAAUUCAACCAAUCAUAACACAUAAUAGAACAAUAUAGUGCCAUCAGACUCCUCCCACUUCCUCUUUCUUGGUGGUGCCGAUCAGCAGUAGAAUCAACCAUGUAAACUGGAACCAUUCUGGAACCGUAACUCAGGUGUAACGUAAUGAAGUCAACCAUGUAAAACCAUGUGUUGUCGAGUAGAUCAACGUGAGAUUUUCACACUAGGAGAGAAGAGAAAGUAUGGUCUCUUAGACAAGAGAAAAAACACAAGUACGCACUUUAAAGUGAUAGCUCAGAGUAUCUGGUAGGAUUUAAAGAUCAUAAUGGUAAAGUGCGACGUAGGACUAGGUCACUAGGCUAGCAAAACCGUAUACCUACAACAAUCAAAUUGCAAGAGAGUGUACAAUGCAAUAACGGUAGAAAAGGAGACUUACCCUAAGGGUGGGUUCCAGAGUGAAUGAAGGGAGGGAAAAUAUUCGCCUCCUGUCUUUAAUAAAAUUUAGAUUAUUUGUUCACUGUAAACUAGAAUAAUCCCUAAUCUUAUGGCAAGACAGGAGGCUUCAUAUUUGCUGUUUUAACCCUCUUGAAUAAAGGAACAAGCCGCAUGUGAUGUAGGUUUAAAAUAAAAAGUUCGAAAAGUAGAUUCCCUUGACCAAUCUGCGGAGGAUAGAAUAUCCCCCAGCGAACUGCCUGCACGAAAGGCAGAGGAUGCGGCCGCACCUCUAACGUAGUGAGCACCGAAUGAUUGAUCAAUUCCUGCUUGGGUAAGCAACCAUCUUAUCCAGCGUGCGAUCGUGGGGGAAGAGACCGGUUUGUGAGGUCUGACGUAAGAGACAAAGAAAGGUCCAGUAGGGGAACGUAGAGAGGUAGUGUUCUCAAUGUAACAACGGGCACACAGGGCAACACAGAGAGACGGCCUGUCGGGAAAGUAUGGGUAAAAAAAUGAGGAGGAAUUAGUCUUAGUGCGUCUAGUAAUAGUAAAUCUGACACCGUCUGGUGCGAAGGCCACAGCAUGAGAGUCAAAGGCCUGAACGUCUGAAACUCUGCGGAAUGACACCAGGCACAGGAGCAGGGCCAAUUUUGCAGAAAGUUGGCGUAGGGAUAAGGCCUCGUUAGAAGGCCAGGAAUCCAACAGUGUAAAAACCUUAGAUAUAUCCCAGAAAUUAGAGUACUUGACAGAAGGCGGCCUCGUCAAACGUAUGCCCUGUAGAAGUCUUCACACGGAAGGGUGUUUCCCAACCAAUGAAUGAGUGAAAAAUAUUAAUCGAUCGGUAUGAUUUACCCUGAUCGAAGAGAGGAUAAAAAAUUUAAAAUGGAUGAAAGAGGUGUUGAAACGGGAUCAAGGUCCCUUUCCAGACACCAGCUGACCCAAAUCCGCCAUGCGAAGAGGUAGGUUCGUCUGUUUCCUGGAGCCCACGAGUCCCAUAGGAGCGUUUGAGCUGUGUGUGAAAGUCCUGUGACAUGCCAAGCUCCCCUGAAACUGUCCAAGCUACCAGUUGAAGAUGACCCUGUAGGGCAAGUGGAUGGUAAUCGCCCGCUGGGUUCUUGAGGACCCGAAAGGAGCGAGGUAGUAGGAUGGGAUAAUCUACUGAUAGUUCCAGUAGGGUGAGGAACCAAGUCUGGGCCCUCCAUAGUGGAGUGAUUAUUAUUAUCCUGACCCUUUGAGCUUUGACCUGGUGAAGGGUCAGUUGAAUCAUCGAGAAAGGAGGGAAAGCAUAAGCUUCUCUCCGCGGCCAAGGUUGCAGAAAAGCGUCGACUGCCAGAGAUAGAGGGUCUGGUAGCCAGCUGAAGAAAUCGUCUGUCUGACGAUUCAAGCGAGAUGCAAAGAGGUCUAAUGUGAGGGGUCCCCGUAGUAGAUGAAUGUGGUGAAACAGGAAAGGGUCUAAUUGGCAAUCACUGGCAUCUCUCCAAUGACGCGAAAACAAGUCCACAACUAAGUUGUCGGGUCCUGGGAGGUAUUCCGCUCGAAUGGACAGGUUCCUGUCCAGGCAGAAUUGGUACAGGUCCUUGGUGAAAUCAGACAGUAGUUUGGAUUUGGAUUCUCCAAGUUGGUUUACAUACCGCACUGCGGAGAUGUUGUCCAUCCGUAGUACCAGGGAGCAAUUGGAGGCGUCCUUGGCAAAGCUGUGGAUCAAUUUAUGUGGAGUGCCUGUUCUGAUGGGGACCAGAGACCCUCUGUGGAGGUUUUGGCACAUGUAGCACCCAACCUAAGAGGCUGGCAUCGGAUUCCAGGAUAAAAUCUGGUUGAGAUCCGAAGAUCGCUUUCCCAUUCCAGGCUUCCAUAUUGCGAAGCCACCAGUGGAGUUCAAUGAGAACUUCGUCUGUCAGAGAUAUGAAUUGGUCGUAAGAGGUUGAGCGAUGCAAGUAGGAAGUUUUCAACCGUUGCAUUGCUCUGUAAUGUAAAGGCCCAGGGAAUAUAGCCUGGAUUGAUGUGGACAAGAGUCCAAGAAUGUGUGCAAGGUCGCGGAGCCGAGGUCGCUGUGAGGAGAGUAAUUUUUGAAUUUUUUUUUUAUGUUUUUGAUUUUGGGGUAAGGCAGUUGCAAAGUUGCCUGAACUGAAUCUAUUUGAAAGCCCAGAAACUGGACUAUCUGAGAGGGUUCCAGAUCUGACUUCUGGAAAUUUAUGACAAAACCAAGGUUUUGAAGGAGAGCAGAGGUCAUGUGCGUGUGUUUGCAAAGCAAAUGUUGGUCUUCGGCCAUAAUCAGGAUGUCGUCUAGAUAUAUGAUGGAACGUACUCCCUGAGAACGGAGUAGUGCCAUGACCGGUUUCAUUAACUUGGUGAAACACCAAGGGGCGGAGCAAAGUGCGAAAGGAAGGCAGGUGAACUGCCAAAUUUCGUCUUGCCAGAGAAAUUGAAGGAAGGCACGAUGACUUGGUGCGAUUGGGACCGUGAAAUAGGCAUCCCUGAGGUCAAAUCUGGAGAACCAGUCUCCCACGCAAAGUAGGUCCUUGAGAAGAUGGAUACCUUCCAUCUUGAAAUGACGGUAUGUGAUAAAUUGAUUCAGUUCUUUGAGAUUGAUAAUAGGACGGUGGUCUCCCAUCUUUUUUUGUACAAGAAAAAUGUUGCUGACGAAGGUGUAAGGGAAAGGCGAGUGUUCGAUUGCCCCUUUGUCUAGUAGUUUGUGUAACUCUGAGUUUAACGUUAGUUUGUCUGCUUCCGACAUCCCUAGGGGUGUCUGGGGAAAGCUUUGAAUGGGGUGUGUGAGGAAAUCUAUUUUGAAACCCCUGACUGUAUGAAGGAUCCAGUGAUCCUGAGAAAGUAGUUUCCACUGUUGGAAAAAAAGGGUUAAUCGACCUGCAAUUGGUACAUUUUUACCUGAAGCAGUGCGUCCGCGCAGGGAUGCAGAACCACGUCUUCGAAUAGAGCCUCUGUUGUUGAAUAGCUGUCUAUAAUAGGGUCGAGUGGGUCCUGAGGACCAAUAGUCUGUGGGUCGAGGCCUGUAGCCUGCGAAGGCUGCUCUACUGGUAGCUCGGCCCCUUUAGUGACCAGCUCUCCUGGAAAAACGUUGUGUUUGGGAGCGGAAAACCCUGCGUAACGAGUACUGGGCUUUAUUUAGUGUGGUAAAUACAUGCUUGGAGACGUCUCGCAUAAAACUGUCACCGAAUAAUAGACCAUUGGCUUCUGGUCCCAAUUCCUUUGAACUCAAGUCUACCAAUUCGGCAUCAAGUGCCUCUUUUCGUCUUUCGAUAGAAAUUGCCACAUUAGCGUUACCCAAUAGGCAUAGAGCUCUCUGAGCCCAUUCUCUUAUAGUGUGUGGGUCAAAUUCACCGCUAGUGAGUGCCUCAUCUGCCAGGAUAAAAAUCUGGAUUAUAGGACCUGAAAUGUCCAGAAGCUUGUCUUGGGUUGCUUUCAACCCUUGUUCAAUACCCUUACGAGGGUCUUUGCCGGAUUUUGUUAAGUAGGUGACUAGCAUGGGGUCAAACUCAGGGGUGGAGGCAACUUAGUUGGUCUCGGGCAUUCAGCCCUCAGUUUAUUUCUAAUUUCUUUCUGGAAGGGCUUGUGGAGCCACAUUUUGCAGAAGCUGGCAAUAUGAUCAGGAGGGGCCCAUUCUGCAGAUCGUGGGUGACGAAUCACCCUUGGGUCAAAAAAAGGGAGGCCUGAAGCAUCCAGGAGGAUGUCUGAGGCAGGCUCUUUAGAUGGAGGGCCACCCUUAGCAUCCCGAGCAUGUGUGAGAAAAGUUUCUUUAACGAGCUCUGACGUUGAGGAAUCCUGGGGCACAUUCGCCGUGGGAUCCUCAUCAGAGUAGGUGGCAUCAUAGUCAUUUAAAAUAUGGCCAGCUAAUCGAGAGGUAGAUCCCUCUAGAGGGUCUGUGCGAUCCUGCAUAGCGCAUGGCAGGGGGUGUUUAAAUUUUUUUGCAGGAGCUUUGCCUUUGCCCGCAGUAGCGCUAUUCCCUUUCCAGGGUCUUUUGCGCUGGGCACUUUCUUGGUCUGAAAGGUGGGAAUCCUCUGAGUCAGAGGGUUGGUGUGUAGAGGGAUGAACCUCUGAAGCAGUUUGCUCAUGACAGGCUGCCAAAGCCUUGGGAAUGGACUACGCAAUAGUGGAGAAAAACCAUUCCCAAAUUUCUACAGAAAUUGCAGGGUCUUGGCGAUCCUACAUAAUGUCUUAUUAGUAUUUUAGAAAAUUAUAGGGAAAUGAUAAUGAAGGCAGAUUAACAGCUACUGGUAGUUGUAAUAAAAAUGUAUAAGUCAGGGUUGGCACUUAAAAGAUGAGGCAACUCAGCUAGAAUACUGGAGAGAUGGGGGUCACCCACACAAGAGUAGAAACAGUGGGGGUCACCCACAAUUUGUUAGGCACAAUAAAACUCUGAAAGUCAAAACUAGGGGGGUUCACCCAAUAACUAAAGGUGGUGAUCAACCACUUAGUACAAUAUAAAAUAUAUAUAAUAGCCAAUAAGGUGGCUAGAGAAGAACAGAUGGUGAUAAUCACCAGUAUAAUACAGAAGUAUAUGUAGUAAUAAAGUGGGGGUCACCCAUAAAAUAAGCAAGGGGAUGUCAGCCACACAAAGUAUUGUUGUCAGUAAUUAGGUGGGAAUCACCCACAAAAGAAACAAAGGUGGUGUCAGCCAAACAAUAAUUUUUUAAUGAAUUGGUAAUUUAUACAAGAAAAUAGAAUUAAGUGUAGGCAAAGGGGUUCACCCAGUUUGUUUAGCAGGUUGGUCUUGUCUGGAGCAAAAAACCCUGCAAAGAUAUACAAGAAAAUUGUGUAUAUGAAUGUACCUUUCGAAAGGGCAGUACCAGUGCCCACAGAAUGAUACUCUAUCCGGUAGGGAACACAGGAGCCGCGGAGUAAAACAAGUGUACCGCGAGUGGAAAAUGGCCGCCGCGAGUAAAAGGGGGCGGCGAGAUUCCGUCAGAGCCCACAGACGGCAGAAAAGGCGGUUAAAAAAGCGCGAAGGCUGAUACAAGAAGAAACGGUCUCCUGAGAAAUGGAGUCCGUGUUGAAGUGAUUCCCCAAUGGGAGGGGAGGGCAAUAACCCGGCGGGCCGUUUGCUGUAUAUGCUUCAUACAGAAACAGCCUGGAGGAAAAACUGAUAGUUUGUUACAUAAAUUAAAUGUGUAAGGUACUGUUAAUUAAAAAUAAACAUAAAAUAAAGGUAAAAAUACAAUUGCAGAUGAAAUAAAACUUCCUAAAAAGGGAAGUUACCCUGAGAAUAACAUGAACCUGCCAUUAGGGUUACCCCAGUACAGGAUUAACAUAUAGAAAAUUAUCAAAUAAUCUAUGACAAUUAAAAAUUCAAAUAGUAAAACUAGGCAACGUAAUUAGAAUAGACUCACCUGGGAGGCAAGCAUCAAAGAAAGAGGAAGUGGGAGGAGUCUGAUGGCACUAUAUUGUUCUAUUAUGUGUUAUGAUUAGUUGAAUUAUUUACAACCUUGUUAACUACUUCUUUGCUGCUGGAAGUUACAGUAAAGACAGAUAAGCAAAUAUGAAGCCUCCUGUCUUGCCAUAAAAGUAUGUGAGUCAGCUGGUGUAAAGAACUGUACAAUAGGGGUGGGGAGAGCGGGGGCUGACUACGCACGGAGCAAAAGAGCUUUCUGUAAACUUCUCAAUACUUAGCUCAAUCUGACUUAUUAUAAGCAUAUGAAUAAUAUUUUUUUUUAAAUCGAGUUAUAGUCCCUGUUUCUCGGAAGUACUGAGGCACUCAACCACCUUAAGAUUUUAGUGACUUGCCUGUAUUUUAUGUGUUUGAGCACCUGUGGCCUAGUCGUCUGCUCUGGCUAAGUAGGAGGCUGAUCCCUGACCUGGAGCCGAACUGCUUACCAUGAUAAAGAGCCCUAUGAAUGAAUGAAAUAACAUUCAUUCCUCAUGUUUCUGUGUAUUUUUCCUUAGGAGCUAUUGAAGCCAUCAUUUUGUACAGUAGCAAUACCACAGAAUUAUUAAAAAGGAGAAAAGUUUUACGUGACAUCAUUUAUCAGUACCUUGUUCAGCAGAGAGUCUCUGUAGCAUCAUCAAGUACGAAGACUGAACUUAUCCAGCAUGCUGUUCAGUAUUGGGCGACUCCAGUGAGUAACAUAUCCGGCAAAAAUUUUAACAUUGUGCUUCUAAUUACUCCAUCUAGCUCCAUAUAUUUUCUUCCACUCUUGAUUCCAUGUUAGUCAUAUCUAUCAAGUCCUUGAAAAUAUGUCCACAUUUUGCGCUAAUAUAGCAAACAUAAUCCCUGUGUAAGAAUAUAAUGCAGCAGUGAUGAUAUUACUCCAGAAGAUAAGUGAUGUGGAGAUAAAAAAGUGGAAAUAUUCAAUGGUACAAUAUAGCAGUAAGCAGUAACAUAAAUUUAAAAAUAGGUAUCCUACAUGGACCUGCUCUGGUGUUUAUAACGCUGGUGGUAUAGUCCCCACCUGGGAUUUGCAGGACCAGGAAGCCAGUAGGUAACAAAGAUACAAAUCCAAAAUAAAUUCAAAAUAAAUAAAAUUUAAAAGGAUUAACUUUAUUACAAUAAAAAGCAAUAAUAGUAAAUAAAACAAUACAAAUAUACUAUAAAAACCACACUUUACACCUUUUUCACCUUUGGGUUUCAUCAGAAAUGUGGAGGUUCUGUUUACAAAGUCAGUUUAUAUAGAUACAAUAAUUAGACAUUAAUCACAUCAGCUGUUGCUUCAAGUUACCUACAUAAAUAUAUCAUCACAAAGUGGGCAUGCCAUGACCCCAAAAGUAACAGAGCCACUUCUAACUGCUUGUUCUUUGACAUGUCCAGGACAUGUGGAUCUAAGUCUCCAGCUAUAUAAAAAUAUGUAUGCAUACUUCUAUUCCAACAGAUUUUUGCAACUUCUACUAAUUCACGAAAAAUCACAGAGAAGGCUUUAGGAUACCUUGCUAAUCCACUUUAUCAAGGAAUAACAGAAAGAGGAAAACCAACACCAACCCUUGAUUCUUACAGAAACUUGGUGAGAUUACAUAUUCUAAAAUUUGAACUGUUUUGUUUUUCUUUGUUAAUUUGUUCAAAUUUUUUAAGAAAUAUUUAUACAGUCAGGCAACAGGCUCACCUCUUGUUUAAAGGUAAUUCCCCAAGAAGAAUCUUGAGUAUACUUGAGCAAACUUCAAUAUACAGAAAGUACAGUGAUGAAAAACUGUACAGAGCCUGAUUUUAGAUAACACAAGGUAGAAUGCACAGAAAACAAGGAGAGGGGGGGAGUAAGUCUCCUCACUACUGACAGCCCUGGCUUAGCAGUCUUUGAAUCUCCCCCCUUUGUUACAGUUAUUAGUUAUAUAUAACACAGUAUCACUUUUAUAACUUGUAUUGUUUUUGCAUUAGAAUUGAUACAUCUCUACAGCCUAUGUCAUUAGUCACUGAGCUUUACUCGCUGUAUAGUCUCCACUUACUCCUGUUGUUCUUACAAUUUUUUCUUUUCUACAUUUAUUUUAGAUUUAUUUAUUAAAAGUUACUUUUUAAGCUUACAAUCUUUUCAGCUAACUAUACACAGGUAGAAUGGCAUUUUUUUCUUUUCUUUUUUUUUGUUUAUUCCUUAUAGAAAAUGGAUAGAAACAGAAUUAGGCAAUGCGGACAUGUGAAUCUAAGUCUCAUGCUAUACAUAAAUAUGUGUGCAUACUUUUAUUCCAGAAGGCUUUCCCAACUUCUACUCAUUUUAUUCCACGAAAAACCACAGAGAAGACUUUAGGAUACCUUGAUAAUCCACUUUAUCAAGAAAUAACAGUAAGAGGAAAAUCACCAUUAAUCUUUGAUUCUUACACAAACACGGUAAGAUGAUGGAUAUUAAAAAUGUAACUUUUUUGUUAAUUUGUUCACAUUUUCUGAAGAAAUAUUUAUAAAUUUGCAUCACCUGUGAUUUGAAGGUAAUUCCCCAAGAAGAACUUUGAGUAUACCUGAACAUACUUGAAUAUACAGAGUACAGAAAUUAAAAAAAUUUCCUAAAAAUAGAUACAAACAGCAUUAGGCUAUGCAAUUUAAAAUAAUGUUUAUACCAUACAAUUUGAUUAAUAAAAAAUAGCUGGAGAACAAAUUACAAAUUAUAACAUCCACAAAUUGUUCAGAACUUUACAAAAUAAGAUAAAACAUUGCUUGUGCUAGUUGGAUCUAUACUUCUAAAGCAGCAAUCUAAGUACUAGAACAACUACAACUUAAUGUAGUGGUUCUGGUGCAAAAAGAUUGUCCUUGCAGUCUCAGCAAUGUGAACAAGAAGUUUAGAUUGCUUUCUAUGGACUCCUGUAGUGAAGACACUAAAUGCUCCCCAGAGGGAUGCACUGGUAUACUCUAUCCCUAUGAGGUGCUGCUUGAUGCAGUGUGGCAAUUGCCAUGCAUGCACAGUAACCCCCGAGGCUAUUUUAAAAUAUGACAUGUUUGUACCAAGGCCUUUUGGCACUUUAACCACACAUUCAUUCUACUACAAUUUUGCCCUCUCAUUGUUUAAGUAUACAUGUAUUAUUUUUUAAUUUUUUAAAGGACACCCUCUAUGAAUGCAUAAUACGAUAUUAAGUAUGAAUAAAAUAUAGUUUUUUUCUCAGUUUUACAUCUAAUGAUUUCUACACACCAAGUGCAACUAAAGAAAACUAACUGAAAAUAAAUUCACUAAUUUGACCUUAUUGUAAAAUUGCCCAAUAUGUCUAGGAUUUCAAUUAAAUUUUAGAAGUUUAAAAUAAUAAUAUUGCAAGGAGUGGAUAGCAGUUUUAAACUUAAACUUUGCAAAGUUUGGUAUGCUGAGAUUGCAACUUUUAUAGUAGUCACAUAAUCCAAAACUGCUCCACAAAAGUAUAGUUUGCCCCUAAUCCAACCAAUAGAUCUAGUCAUCCAACAUUUAAUUCUACCAUAAUUCUACCUUUAAUGAUAUCCAUACUCUUACUCAUGAUCAAAUCCUUAAUCCAAAUCAUGAUCCAACCUUUAAUCCUACCCGUAAUCCAACAUCUAAUCUUACUCCUAAGGUUGCCACAAAUUCAUCUCUUAACCCCAUCCCUUAAUCCCACCCCGUAAUACCACAUCAGAGGGAUUCCCAACUCACACAGUACAGAGCCCUCUGUGUAUACUCCGUACUUUCUUACUGCAGCAUGGGAGGGCGAUUUGGGGGGCACAGUAUUUUUCAUUAAUUCCAUGAGCCUUUUUCAGCCCUCACUUUAAGCACUGCACAUAAACCUCAGUAACUAAUUGUGGCCCUCUGGCAUACUUUUAUUCCAGCAGAAUUUUCCAAUUUCUACUAAUUUUAUUUCAUGAAAAACCACAGAGAAGACUUUGGGAUACAUUGCUAAUUUUCCAAGCACUGCUCAUAGCCUCUGUAACUAAUUGUGGUCAUGGCUGACAGAGGGGACCCUCAGGUAUCAAAUGAUACCUGGGGUUCCUUGUUUUUAACUAUUGGCAGGCUGGGAACAUACUCAGUAUUACUGCAGCUGACCACGAUCACACAAGUCAAAUUAUUUAAAAGGAUCUAAAGGUCUAUAUACAAUUCUCACUUUGAACGCUGCAUAUAGCUCAUCUGUCAUUCCUGGGCCACUAAGUGUGAGGGGAGCCAAUCAUGCGGGUGGCUCCUUUGUACCUGCAGGAAUUUAACCCUGCUGGCACUUUAAAUACACAGCGGUCUGUGCCAUCAACAACAUUAAAAUCCUGAAUGCAAAGAUCAUCAUGUGGGCAUUAGGGGUUCACAAAUCAGUCAUAGAAAAAUAGAAUCAUAGAAACAUAGAAUGUGACGGCAGAUAAGAACCAUUCGGCCCAUCUAGUCUGCCCAAUUUCAUUUCUGUAUUGUAGCACAAUUAGAUUUUAGUAUAUGAUAAAAAUGAGAGCGCAUAUCAUUAAGGCUUUCUCAAAGUAUUUUUAAUAUUCUCUAAUAUCUUUCUGCCAGGGAUAACUUUUGUUUUCUUUCCAAGAGAACUGCAUGCAAAUUGGUACCCUUUCAUUAUACAGUGGGACCUCGGUUUACAAACGCCUCGGUUAACAUAAUUUUCAGUUUACAAAUGAAAAUCCAUUGAAAAUAAUGCCUCAGUUUACAAAUUUUUUUUGCAAUACAAAGCAGGUUUCCCCAGGAUGCAUUGCACCUGGGAGGUUUAUAGCACUGCCCCCUCCAUGCUGGAGCAUGUGGGUAGCACGGGGCAUCGAGUGUGGAGGUGUUGGAGCGGCUUUUGAAUUGAGUUUUGGAGCCAUUCUGGAAAUAGUUUUCAGUUGUUUUGGGACUUUUUGGUGCAUUUCUCAAGCUGUGGAAAGCUGAACUUUGUCGUUUGCAUGCCUUUUAUUGUGUUUUCUGCAUUGUGGGUUGGUUUCCAUGCCAGCUCAUUUUGACUUUUUUCUGACCUCCAGAACGGAUUAAUUGGUUUUUAAUGCAUUCCUAUGGGAAACCGUGUUUCAUUUUACAAAUGUUUCGCAAUAAGAAACGUCCCGGAGAACGCAUUAAAUUCGUAAACCGCGGUCCCACUGUAUACUGACAGUGAGCAUUCAAACAAAAUUUCAAAUGUAAGGGCAGAGUAUAGCUGACUGAAAGUAGAACUAAUUUUGACAAUAGUCAUUUGACUGAAAGUAGAAUUAAUUUAGACAAUUUUUCCAGUUCAGCUACUUUGAACUUAAAUAUGAAAUUUUGAAUCCACUAUGAAUUCUCACUUUAGUAAAUUACCUGUUUGAGUAAGACUUACAGGGUUAUUCACAAAAAUAUGAAUUGUCAAGAUUCAAAUUAACGUCAAAGUGAAUUUCAAAUUUUGUCCAACAUAACAUAGCAAAACACAUUUUUAAAAUUCAGCUACUUUGUCCUAAAAUCACAGUACCUUCAAGCCUGCUCCCUGGCUCACAAUGGGAGGAAUGUAAUUAGGACGGGGUGUGCUGGUCCCAGAGGUGGCGUUGCUAGUGACACAGCGAGUGCAUCUAAUGAAGGAUUAUAUUAAUUUGUUUGAAAAGUUACAUUUAUUGUGUCUGUAUCUUUUUUUUUUUUUUUUCAAUAUUUCCUGUUAUUUAUUUAUUUAUGGGCUACAUUUCUUUUCUCUCAUUAGGACAUUAAUUGCCAGACUGAUCCCAUAUCCAGAAGCAUUCCUUCCUAUAUUGUAAACUCCAGACCCAAGACUUUGUCAAAAGAUGAGCAUGCACAAAUAAAUACUGGACAACAAGGAACUUUAAAAUUAGGCUGUUAUUCGCCAUCAGAUCUGAAGGUCAGACAACACAUGAUAAGGCAAUAGUGUUGACUAUGGAAUUGCAAAGUUUAGUUCUUAGCCAAGUUUUAAGCUUGCCACAAAUUGCUAUUGAGUAAUUAGAGAAUGCAACUACUCAAUGGUGCCAUAAAUUGAAUAAUUGUAGAUAUAGUUUAGAGAAUACAAUGAGGAAGAACAUUUGUGAAAAAUACCCAUGUUGUAUUGCCUCAAGGGUUGUUGGCCCUUGCUGCUGUGUUCUUCCAUUUAAUAUCUUAUCAGAUCCUAGUGAAAAGAGGCAAAAUACUAUAUAUAAUAUAUAAUAAAGGUAUAAUAUAUAUAUAGUAAAAUAAGGUAACUGAACAGAGGCUGUAUUUUAUCACUGGUUAACCAUCCCAAUAAGUACGCAAAUCAACAAGUUGCAUUUCUUUUUAAUAAAUCUGUCUAAGUAAUACAUCUAUUGUUUGUCCAUAGAUAUAUUUUAACAGAUUAUACUUAGAGUUGUCAAUUCACUUCAAUAAGGCACAUGUCUUGUUACUGAGAUAGAUAGUGGAUGAAUAGGGAACUGUCAAGAGCACAUUCUCUAAAAACUGUGACAUUACUAAUUCGUUUGGGUAUCAUAUUUUAUUUCAGAAAUGAAAGCAAUUUCAUUGGAAAUAUUGAUGACACUGUGGUUCCUGGUUUUGAAAAAAUAUUUAAAGGAACACACCAAGCAACACAGCCACCAUUUUAGAAUGGUUUGACUUUUUACAAUGGCACCACUCCCUGCCUCUACCACAGCUACUGAAGAGCUGGAAGAUCCUGCUUUGGAGUUUCCAUUAGCUCUUCUUAGCUAAGCUCUGCAGUACAGGGCUUAUCCUUGGGGAUGUGGCCUAUAAAAUCAUGGUGGAAGCAUCUUGUGGGGCUAUUAAAGGAUCACUAUAGGGCCAGGCCCCUCAUGCUUCCAUAAAUAUAGUAAAAAUCUUACUGUAUUCAAGCCUGAAGCUGUAAAUCUGCAUGCCAUUAGACUCAGAAAAACAAGCAGUCUGCUGACAUCAUCAGAAGUGGUAGCCUGAUCCAAUCACAGUGCUUCCCCAUAGGAUUGGCUGAGACUGACAAAGAGGCAGAUCAGGGGCAGAACCAGCAUGAUUCAAACACAACCCUGGCCAAUCAGCAUCUCCUCAUAGAGAUGAAUUGAAUCAAUUAAUCUCUAUGAGGAAAGUUCAGUGUCUGCAUGCAGAGGGAGGAGGUACUGAAUCACAGGAUGCUGUGCAUAGUGCUGCCCUGUGCUCUGCUGAGAGCAGAACUGAGUGGAUGGAGGCAUAUUAUGUCUCCAUCAACUCCGAAGUCCCUCUGGUUCACUCUGAGUGACUGCAACUGGAGGUGUUCCUAGUUUUCAAUGUAAACACUGUAUUUUCUCAGAAAAUACGGUGUUUACAUGAGAAAGGCUGCAGGGAGAUCAUUAAGCUGAAGUUGUUCAGGUGACUAUAGUGUCCCUUUAAAGUUUAAAAUAAUGCAGCCCCUAUCCAUGGUUGGCACGUGGAGGCUACUUGGAGUGGACAUAAUGUCUCCACUGUAACCCACAAUAAUUGGUGGUGGGUUUGGGCUAUUAAAAUAUAAUAGGGGACCUUAUGUCCAAAGUCUCCACCCAUUGGCAGCAAGAGGAUGCCUGAAUUAUAAUAUUCGAGGAAGGGACAUUCUUCCCAACUUCCACCUAUGGGCGGCGGGUGGGAGCUCCAAAUAAUUAUACAAGUGGGGAUGGACAUGCCAUUGUCCACUUCCCUAAUUAGUGUCAUUGUCUCAAAGACCCUAGCCAUGCCCUUUUAAAAUAGAUUAAACCUACUUACCUUCUUCACACUAAUAAUAGAGAGUGGGAGCCAUUAAAAUAAUACAUUUAAUUAUAUUUACCACCAAAAGUCUUCUCUUUUAUAAAUCUUCUUUUCCUCAGGCUCCAAAAAAAACUAAUUAAAAUCCAUAAUCCAUACUUUGAAUUCUCAUUAGAGAGCUCUGAUUGGUUGGCUUGUAAGAAAAUCCUUUGCUUUCAUUCUACACAUGUGCUGAGGUAUAGUGUGUGAUAUAUACAUUUAACUAUCAAACAUAUUGCAAACUAUGUUCUUCUAAUGUUAGAGACAUCUGUCUAAUGAGUUAUUUUUCUAUUAGGUUGCUAGGCAAUUGUUAACCUGUUCUGCUUUUAUCCCACAGGGUAUAUUUAAUUGAACAGGUAGCACUCCAGUAGUAUAUAAUUUGCAGAAUUGAACAGAAUGUGACAAGUGUUUUACUACCAUAUUUUUUACAACAUUAGCUAAAUAUUGCUGCUAGUAAGAAUGUGAUACUUUCCCUAUAUAGGCAGCAUCAAUUAAGAAUUCAGCAAAUGUCUAGGAGUUUAUCCAAUCUGUAUGCUCAUUUACUUCAGUCAGGGCUUGAUUCAGGACUCAAACUGGGGAAAUCUCACAUUAAAAAUAUAUAUAUAUUUAAGAGGGGCAUACAGUUGACCCACAGUGUAGUGAAAAAUAUGAAAAACUUUUAGCUAACUAGUCUCUUGAGAGAUUCUUUGGAAGGAAGCUCCAGUCUCGGGUGUAAUAAAGGUUCCCAGUCAUAAAAUAAAUGCAUGCCUUUAUGCAUUCAUUAGCUCACCAAGCACCUACUAAAUUUCACAUUAGACAAACCAAAACAGAGAGAAAAGGAAUACUGAGAAUGAACAACAAGUCAAAUAGUAUACCUUUUGGACAGGCCCCCUUGGUUGUCAAGUUAGUUUUAGCUCUUCCUGUGCCAUUAUAGAGAAUGUAAAUAAUUUGCCUAUGAGCAUGAUCUCAACUUAAAGGCCAGCCCAGUUUCAAAACACUGGCAGUGAGGUACAGGAAUCCCAGAUUACUGGUGGGCCUUAAUGUGGCCAUUAGCCAUCUAGGUAGAGUGAACAAUGGGCUCUGUAUAUAGAGUACCCUUUUACCACCAGGUGUCACCCGUGGACGAACCCUAUCUAGUGUUGAGUCAACAUGUUAGGGAGGAAGCUCUGGAGAUUGGAGGACAAUAUCCCAUACACAUUUUUAGGUCAAUAUUCAGAAGUGAUAUGAGCUCUAUAUGAGGUCAUAUGGGUGUGAUGCAUGUACAGUUUUGGUUUAAGGACUGUUUGAGCUAAGUUGAGGAAGUACAUUUGUAUUUCCUCAUGGGAGAUGGGGUUAUUCAAGAGUGAACAGAAAUUCUUGUUUAUGUGAGGAUGUAGCUUUUUUAAGAAGUUGGUGUGAAACAGGUAAUUGAAUAUGGAAUGCCGUUUCAAUGCCCUGUUCGCGCUUUCAAAGCAAAAAAAGUUUUCUAGUGUUUGUUUCAAUGUGGUGUAUGCCUGCUGUGUCAUGGUAUUAGGUUAAGUACAUUCUAUCUGACACGCUUUGAGUGUAUUUUCAAACUUUAAUAAGUCUGAGCACCACUUUUUGUAGUGAAAGACUAUAUAUGAAAUUAUUUGUUCUCGAAGUACCUCCUUGGAAGUCUCUCAGAGUAGCUGUAGGUUGUACACAUGAAUUUUCAUCUAAAAAAUUAGACCAUAUAUCUAUUAGGUGUCGCUGCCAGUAUGCGACUCCGGAGUCCGGCCUCUGGUCUACCCCAAAUGUACCAAAUCUGAUCCUUCUGCUACUUCUUGAAACCCUGUGAAGGUGGAGCACGUUGAUGUCACGUCGGAAUGUGACGUGGCGUUGCGUGCCUCCAUGCACCUCCAGGUACUCCACUGUCCAGUUGCAGCCAAUGCAACACUGACCAACACACACACACACACAAUCACUGACAGACACACACACACUCACAGACAGACAGACACACACACACACACACUCACAGACAGACAGACACACACACACACACACUCACAGACAGACAGACAUAAACAGACAGACACAUUCACAUACAGACACACUCACUGACAGACACACACAGACACACACUGACACACAGACACUCACUGACAGACACAGACACUCACUGACAGACACACACACACACAGACACACACUCUCACAGACACUCACUGACAGACACACAGACAGACACACUCACUGACUGACACACACAGACACACAGACGCACAGACACUCACUGACAGACACACACACACACACUGACAGACACUCACUGACAGACAGACAGACACACACAGACACACACAUACUCACUGACACACAUACAGACACACACAUACUAACUGACAGACACAAACACACACUGACAGACAGACACACACACAUUGACAGACAGACACACAUCAUUUUCUUUAUUGCUCCCUACCUUUGGGAGCCGAUGUGGGGCCUCUCCUUGGGGUCCAGUGGGGAUCUUCUAUCUGCUCCCAAUUGCUCCCUCGCGUAGUUUAGCGAUGCUGGGUGCCGAAAUAUGACAUCAUAAUCCGGCGCCUGGCUUCACUACAGACGGCGCGCUAGGGAGCAGUGAGGAGCAGGAGCUCCCUCGCUGGCCAUCCUCCCCGGCCAGGUAAGUGUUAGCAGAGUAGGCACCUGCAAUGUGGGGAAACCAGGUGCCUACUCUGCUUUAACAGCAAGCAUGUACUUGCGGCUCGCUGGGCCGUAAAGAUGUACAUUGUGGGCCGCAUGCGGCCGAGGGCCGCAAGUUUGACAUGCUUGCCACACAGAAUGGAUUGCGACAUCAUCGGUGCAAUUAUUUUUACCACUGUGCAGUUUGCAGGACCUAAUCUUGGGCAGAGCAGGGACUUGCCUUCCUGAGUGCUGCCAUAGAUUAGUGGAAAUUCCACUCACAAGUCACAGCACCUGCCAUUUCAAUUCAGCUUGUUCCUUAGCUGAACUAAUAGCAACAGCUAACCAACAGCUAAGACUCUAAUUACCACUAAUAUUAUAAGUCACAUUUUUGCAAUCCCUUUAACCUGUUAAGUGCCAAACAUCAAGGAGUGCUGCAUGCAUGUUCCCAAAGGAAUUCAGUUUGUAUAAGAUACCAGAUAUAAUGAGAGCUGCAGAAUGUGUUUCAUCUGUGUUUUUUGACAGCUGUUGACAAAUUGCUUUACCAUUAAACACUUGAAAUAUGUUCAGCAGUGUUGGCUUCCCCCACCUUGCUAUGUAAGUGUUAUUGUACAUUUUUUUAUUUUAUUUUGGAUGGUGUUUUUUAACUCUGGAUGAUAUAUAUAUAUAUAUAUAUGAAUCCAGGGGCUGCACUCACCUCAACAAACAUAAGUGGGGUGCUGCUGGGGGACAAUUUAUACAAUACACAAGAUCCAGUGCACUCACUUAUCCACUAAACGAAAACUUAAAUUAUCAAUGCCUAUUUAGCCUUGUACUGCAGAGAGCCUCAGAUGAAAUUUUUCCCCCCGAGUAAGUGGAUUAAGAGCAGAAAUUAGGUUGCUAGAGUAGAACCUGCCAAGAAUGGGGUACGUUGACGUUGUAGCAGGCUUAUGCAAUGUAUGAUCAUAUACUGUAACUAAACCCACUUUAUUUUUUGCCUAGGUGGGUACCGACGUACUGUUAGGCCUGUAAAAUAAAGAAGGCAAACUUAUGAAGGUGUAGAGAAAAGGGUUUAUCUGUAAAAAGGGGAGUGAAGGGAGAGCAUGCAAUCGCUCUCCAUGUGACGGUGCAGUAGAAGGAAAGAGAGUCCUUUAACCCCUUAAGGACACAUGACAUGCGUGACAUGUUAUGAUUCCCUUUUAUUCCAGAUGUUUGGUCCUUAAGGGGUUAACUUAAAAAGAGUUACAAGCCCCUCCCACAACUCCAGACUAAAGGCACAGAGUCUUCUCUUUUUGAUGUAGUAUUAUCAUUUGGCACUUUUGAAGAUUGAUAUCUCUACUAGGAAAAUAAUGUUUUUAAAGGUUUUUAAAAUGCUGAUAUUAAUUAAUUGUAUGCAAAAGGAGGUUGUUUGCACAUAUGUGCUAUAGAUAAGAGCGCUGCCUCAUAAUUUUAAAUAUAGAGUCAGCGCAGCACAUAUGUGCAAACAACCUCCUUUUGCAUAUAAUGAAUUAUUAUCAGCUGUAGGUAAGUGCUCUGACUCAUAAUUUUAAAUAUUGAGUGUUUGUAGGGUUUUCAUUGCUAUUUUUAUUCAAUUUUUUUUUGUCUCUGUUUUUUUCUUUUCUUAUUUUUGUACGCAUACUGUGACAUUAUGCCACUGAAUUCUCUUCCAUUAUGAAUUAGAACCGUCAAUGGUAAAGGUCGUAAAAUACCAGGGAAGAGAUCUCAUCUCUUCAGAGAUUAAUGGUCAUCACAAAGUUUAGUGGUCUUCUUGCAGGAGACUCAUUUUAAGGAAGGUAAUGAUAUGAUAAACGUUUCCCAAAAGGGUAUUUCAGUAAUCAUUGUGAGGCAAAACAGGCAGGGGUUGCAAUUUUCUUCUCUUCUCAUGUACACUUACAAGAUCCUCAGGUACUCUCAGAUAAAAAAAAAAGGGAGAUACAUUUUUGUUAAGGGAAUGAUAAUGGAUAAAGGUUACACUUUUGCAACAAUGUAUGCAUGUAACGCGGGACAAACAUCAUUUAUAGUUUAACCCUUGGGAAAUUAGCAAAGUUCAAAGGGAAAACUUAUAGUUGGAGGAGAUUUGAAUGUACCUUUGUAGACAAGAUUAGACUGUACAACAGGAAGAGGUAGAUUAUCUCAACAGAAAUUUAGACAGAUAAGGAGUCUCUGGUUGAGACUGGUGGACAGCUGGAGGGCUAUACAUCCUGAUAGGGACAACUGGAGGGCUAUACAUCCUGAUAGGGACAGAUGGAGGGCUAUACAUCCUGAUAGAAGAGAUUACACAUACUACUCACCACGUCAUAAAACCUAUUCCAGAAUAGAUUAUAUAUUCGUUCAACAAGAAUACCUUACUGAUGUAAUAUUAGCUAUUAUAAUCCCAAUGACCUGGUCAGAUCAUAACACACUUCAAAUUGAUAUAAAUGCACAACUACUAAUAAAACAGGAAUGGACAUGGAGAUUAAAUUAAACCUUAUUGACAGACCCAGAGGCUUAUGAACAGAUAAAUCAAAAUAUACAGACAUAUUUUUUCCGAGAAUGACUCUCCAGAAAUAUCAUUCCUUUCCCCAUGGGAAGUGCAUAAAUGCGUUACCAGAGGACAACUGAUUUCUCUAGGCUCACAUGAAAAAACAGGGAAACAUUCUUGAAUUAAUAACUAGAAUUGGAUUUCUCGAAGCUAGAUAUAAAACCUCACAAUUAGAUGAGAAAUACGGGAAACCUUUGGGAGUCAGGUUGUAACUAUCGGCACUCUUAGCAGCUAGGCACUAUCGCACUUACAAUGGUCAAAAUGCAUCUUAUAUGGCAAUGCAAACAAAUGUUAAAAUUCUUUAGCACAUAUGAUAAAAGAGCGUAGGAAAAAAAACUCAGAUACAUCGCAUACGUCAACAUAAUGGAACCCGUCAAGGCUGUCCCCUCUCCACAAUUUUAUUUUCUCUUACUCUUAAACCCUUGCUACAAGCCAUGAGGAGAAGCUCAAAUAUUAGCAGUCAUAAUUUCAAACAGCCAGUAAGCCAAUAUUUGUUGCAACGUACUACAAGCACUUAGUAAUUUAUAAUAUAAUGAGAACACAUAGUCUAUACAAGACGUGAGAAAGAUUUGUAAAUAGUAGAUUGGCUGUGAAAUGUAAUAUGAAUAAUCCAAUGGACCUUUUGUAGAUCCUAAAACCAACAGAAAGUCAUAUUUCCAAAUACCAUGAGACCUAAUGCAGAAUAAGUGUAUGAAACGUAUAAACAUUGUGUAGAGAGAUACAGAACCUGGAGAGGUCAGUUUGUGGACUUGGACAAAUAAUGAUAACCAGAACUUAAAACUGACCCACUUAUCGCCAAAGAGUAAAGGUUUUAAACAAGGCCAAUGUCCGUAGACAAAUAUGAUGAGCACUUAGUAAUCUAAUAACAAACAGACUGAGGAAACAUACUGAAACAUCAAAUCGAUAUCUAGUGCAGAUAACCUACAUUACGCAUAGAAUGAAAAUAAACAGAAUGCAUUAAUUAGGCACCUGAUAUCACUGGUAACAUGAACAACAUAUAUCUGGCCUGAAUGAAAAAUUAACAGAAAGAUUUAUAAUGUAAAUAAAUGGAAAACUUUUGAUAGUUACUUAAGUUGUGAUAUAUACAUAUAUAUAUAUAUAUAUAUAUAUAUAUAUUAACCACUAGAUGAAACCCAACAUGCUGUAAGAAAAAUAAACAUACCAAUAUGCUUGUACAAUAUGCAAACAGCCACGAGCAAUUACAGUGUAUUGGAAUAUAGAACCGCAUGGAAUUUGAAUAAAUGUAAGCGAAUGCACUACAUGAAUUAUCAGUGCAUUUGUGUGAAUGCAACCAAAUACUCUACACGGCCAUAAAGCUUUUGUGCGACCGCAGGCUACAGUAAUAUACGCUAAAAGAGCAUUCAGUGAAUUUAAAUAAAUGCUCUGCAUAGACCAACUCACUCAUGGGAAUGAACGAUAGCUUACAUAGAUGAAUACUGCAUUUGUGCGACUGAAUUAGAACAGACCUAGCUUGACAUGAAUGAGCUUUCGUAUGAAUGGGACCAAAUGCUCUAUAUGGCCUUAGAGCAUUUGUGUGACCGCAAGCUACUGUGAUAUGCAUUAACAGAGCAUUCUGGCGAAAUUAAAUUAAUGCUAUUGCGAAUAACACCAACGCUUACUGUCCAAAUAUAUAUAACUGUGGAAAUCAAAUAUGUGAACUGGGCUUAGGGACGAGCAGUGUUUGACAUAGAUGGGGAGGUGCACAUGCGUCCAAUGUCGUGAGACGGCCAAAGGCCUCAUUUUACUCAUGAUUCUAGAGGCAAUAAGGGAAGCCUCAGAGUGUCGUGUAGUGAAGCUUGCGCCCUCGGUUAUUAGAGGCCAGGUCUCAGUGACUGUCGGCAGGCGGAGGAUGCUUUCAAUUAUGAAAAAGUGCCUUUUUACUUUUUUUAAUUGAUUUUAAAAAAAAAACCUCUUAAGUGAUGUGCUCAUUCUAUCUGGUGCCUUAUAGGAACUGAUUAAUAAUUUGUUCUAAUGUUGGAUAGCACUUGGGCAUAUAUGUUCUAAUGGUGCCCUAAAAACAUUCUAUGAAACUUGAAAUAGAUAUUUCGUGAAUGAGUGAGUGCGCUGGAUCUUGUGUGUUAUAUAUGUUAUAUAUAAUUAAUAUUAUAUCUAUUUAAUUAGUAACCAUUCAGAUUUCAAACACAUUUUAGUUCACAUGUGCAAAUUCAGAGAAAUAUUGCAUUUGUUAUCAGCUUGGGUAGUUAUCACAAGGGUAGUGCAGAUCCAAAAUGUUGGCAGGACCCCUAAUGCAGCAACCCCAGAUGAUUAUUUCAAAAUAUUGAUAGUAAGUAGUGAGUAUGAAGGAACACAUUCAGGUACUAUACUGCUAUAAUGAAUUUUUCCUCUUCUAUAACAACAUUUGAAGUUCUCAAAGGGUAUUUCUAUUCUUCUGAAUAAGGAUGAUUUGAAACUUUAAAGCUUUGCAAUCUGUUCAUAUUUUUUUAAUACCCGUUUAUUUUUUUUUACUGUGGACAUCUUUUAACAUAUUUUCUUUUCAAACAGGAUAAUACUUACCAUACUGAUCCUACCAACAAAAGUUCCCUCCAUAAAGUUGUACACUCAAUAUGCAACCCUUGGCCAAAAAAUGAUGUUAGAAAACAGAGAGGCUGGCAGCCACCAUCAGAUGCUAAGGUUAGAAAACAGAUCUAGAAGGCUUAUUAUAACGGCAACACACAACACUGGUAAAUUUAAUCACUUAACAUGAAAUGAUUUAGGUUAAAGGGACACUAUAGUCACCAAAACAACUUUAGCUUAAUGGAGCAGUGUUGGUGUAUAGAUCAUGCCCCUGCAGUCUCACUGCUCAAUUCUCUGCCAUUUAGGAGUUAAAUCACGUUGUUUAUGAACCCUAGUCACGUCUCUCUGCAUGUGACUUGCACAGCCUCCCUAAACACUUCCUGUAAAGUGUCAUCUACAAUGUAUCCUUCCUUUAUUGCAAGUUCUGUUUAAUUUAUAUUUUCUUAUCCCGUGCUAUGUUAAUAGCUUGCUAGACCCUGCAAGAGCCUCCUGUAUGUGAUUAAAGUUCAAUUUAAGGAGAAAGAGAUACAAUUGUUUAAGGUAAAUUACAUCUGAUUGAAAGUGAAACCAGUUUUUGUUUUCAUGCAGGCCAUCAGAGCCAACGGAGGUGUGACAAGGGCUUCAUAAACAGAAACAAAGUGAUUUAUCUCCUAAAUGGCAGUGAAUUGAGCAGUGAAACCUGAGAGGCAUGUUCUACACACAAAAAUUGCUUUAUUAAGCUAAAGUUGUUUAGGUGACUAUAGUGUUCUUUUAAAGUAACUAUGAUAUAUAAACCUCUAUAAUACAGGGCACCAAAGUAUAUAACAUUCAUGUAUUUUUACUAAGAAACAAAAUAUCAUAGCAUGUACAGGGCUUGACACCUCAAUUAAAACGUGUUUAAAGAAAGGUUGGGAAACUCUUCAAGGUAGGAUUUCUCUUGUUACUGUGCUCUUCUUUGUCUGAAACAUUUUUCCCAUUUCCAAAUGAUAUUUCAAUUCUUCUGAAUGAGCAACAAUUCUUCUGAAUGAGCAACAUUUGAGGAAUGCUAUUUCCUUAUUUUCUUCCUCCACCCCCCCACCCCCAUCUUAUUUGGUGUUCCCAAGGCUCUGUCCCAGGUCUUCUUUUAUUCUCCAUUUACACUGCUUGUCUUGGUAAAAUUAUGGUCUCUUCUGGAUUUCAUUACAAUCAAUAUGCUUAAAAUACUCGAAUUAACCUCCCCUCUCCUGCCCUCCCUCCUGCCCUCCUGGAACAAGCCAUGAAAUGAUUUUGGACUUUGUUCUUACCAUUUGUGGACUGCUGUAUUUCUAAUGAACCACUUCUAUUUUUCUUAUGGUGAGAGCUUGUUUGGAGUUUUUUAUUCAGAAAAACAAGAAAAAGAAGCUAAAUGGAAUAUGAUUUACUAGGGAGAAAUCAACAGUAAAAGUAGAGGGUAGCUCAAAGAUUAAUGAACAAAGGCAAAAGGAAAAACAUCUGUUGAUUUCUCCAAAGAAACAAAUGCAAAUAUUAAAACUUAAAUGACUUUAAGGUUAAAAAAGCAGUUUAAGUAAACCUACUUACAUUGGAAAAUUAAUCCCAAAGAAAUGUAUUUACAAAGCAGGACAUUUCUCCAACAGAAAAACGUGUAAUUAUGUUGAUUGCCACCUGAUAUCCAUACUAAGCUGUGGCAGUUUCAAAUGUACAUUGAGGUAAUGGCUUGUAAUGAAGCAAAUUUGUAACUUCCCAGUUGCAAAUUUGUAAUAUAGAAACAAAGCAGAUGAGAAAUGAACACUCCAACAGUUAUAGUUGAUCAAUUACAGCCUUGUUUUUGCAAGAUACCCCUCUUUUGAUACUGAAUAUUUAAGAUCUUUCCAGGUGCCCUCAAAGGCACAGACAUUUAGGAUCCUUGUUAAGACGUAUUUAAUAUUGUCAGGCAGUAACCCCAUUCCUGCACAUGGUUCAUUAAUUGAGGGUGAUUGGAGUAACUGAUAUCUGCCUAAUUAACAUUCAGCCUACUGCUUAUAUCUUCAGUAAAUUCAUUGCAUCCUAGUUCCAGCUUUGGUGUUAUUGGAGUGUUAUUUGUCCUUUCUCACCUCCUUUGCUACUUUAUUACAGAUUUGUACUGCCGUCCAACCUAAUUAUAACAAAUUAAAAGUUAAUAAGCAUGUAGGUUUCAUAAACAUACACCCUCUCAUUAGAGAUUUUGCCUUUUAGAUGGAAGCAGCAAGGGGAAUUGUUAGUAUAGGACUCACUUUAGAGGUUUGCUUUGAUGGGACAGGUGAACUUUAAAGGCCAUUAGAAUUAUAUUAAAAACAUCCUGUUACUGAAAUGUGAAUAGGGAUUUGGGAUAGUGCAAAGAAUAAUUAAUGUGUGUGUCUAUGUAUUUGGACUGAUGUACACUGAAGCCAUAGUGUAGUGGAUCUUUUCCAUCACUAACUGGAUGUAUUCCCAUUUUCUAAAACUGAACUCCUUAUCUUUCCAUCCUUAAAUAGUCUACUUUAAUCUAUCUUCAUGCAUGUUAAUGAGACACCUAUUACCAGAAUCCCCUACUACCUUUUCUCCUUAUAUCUAGUCUGUCUCUAAAUCCUGUAACUAUCCUUUAACUUCCAGCUUAAAAUAUGCCUGCAGUCCCUCUUUUCUAAGUCAAGAUACAACUAGAGCAGUUGUUCAUGCACUCAUCAUUUCCCACCUUGACUAAUGCAACUCACUUCUCAUUUGCUUUCCAAAUACCCGCAUGCCCCUCUUCAAUCUUAAUAAAGGCUACCACCAGACUCAUCUUCUUGACUGAGUACUACUGUUAUACGUCACCCGUUACAAUCGUAAACGCUUCCUGUCCUCUCUACUGACACCUUCUUCAGACGGACUACCAACAUUGCUGAAGACUCUAUACAAACCAAUUCAAACUGUUAAAGGAUCAGUAUAGUGUCAGGAAAACAAUGCAGUUUUUCUGACACUAUAGUGUCCUGAGGGUGCCCCCACCCUUAGGGUCCCCCUCCCGUAGCGCUGAAGGUGUUAAAACUUACCUUUACUUACCUUUACUUACUUACCUUUAUCCAGCACCGUGCUGCCUCGGCGCGGGUGACCUCUCCUCCCCCGCCGACGUCAGUUCCCCCGUCCCCCAUCUACGCUCGCAUUCAAAGUCAUUAAACCACAUUAUCAGUCUCAUUUUAUAUCUAUUUUUAAAGGACACCGAUUACUAUACUGACACCUUCUUCAGACGGAAUACCAAUAAUGCCGAAGACUCUAUACACAUUUUUCCAUCAAAAAUGAUGCAUGCCAAAGAUGAUACUUUUGGAAAGAUACCUCUAAAGGUAGGCUGUCAAUCGCAUCACAGUAUAAGGUCAAGAAAUCAUUCUAGAAAUAAAUUAAUAUGAGCCACUUAUCACUGAUGGAAUUUGUUACAAUUGACAGGCCAAUUCAGGCCAAUAUAUCUAUACUCUGUACUCACCACUGUAUUUUUACUAGUUAAAGUUUUGCCCACUCUGUCUCAAGUAUGUAAUGUAGGGCUAUAACAUUCCUAGACUGAAAAUGCAAAGACUUCUUCACAAACCAAUUCAAACUGUUAACACUAACUUACAAAGCUCUCAAUACUUCCUUUUCUACAUCUCGUCAUUUUUCAACAAAUACACCCCUUCUCGUUCCCUUUGCUCUGCAAGUUCCCUUUCCUCACAUCCUUUAAGAAGUCACUAAAACAACAAUGUAGGAUAACCUACCAUCUUCAUGGGUGACACAUCUCCGAUUACAAUUUCCCUCUUCAGUUCCCUCAUUUCCACAGCUCACUCUCUCUCAGUCCACUGUUUGUUUCUUCACCCAUCAUGUUUACAAACUUACAUUGACCCAGGCAUUUGAUCCUUCAAUCCCUCCUUCCCUCCAACACUCUGUUCUUUGGUUUCUUUACUGGUUUCUCCUGUUAAAGGAGCGCUAUAGGGUCAGUAACAAAAACAUGUAUUCCUGACCCUAUAGGGUUAAAACCACCAUCCAGCCACCCUGGUCCCCUCAUGCCUCCCUAAAUCUAGUAAGAUCUUACUUGUAUUCAAAUCUGGAGCUGCAUGCUUUGUGCCUGUUUCCUUUAGACCUGCCCACUGCCUGCUGACAUCAUCAGAAGUGGUAGCCUGAUCCAAUCAAAGUGCUUCCCCAUAGGAUUGGCUGAGACUGACAAAGAGGCUGAUCAGGGGCAGAGCCAGCAUGAUUCAAACACAGCCCUGGCCAAUCAGCAUCUCCUCAUAGAGAUGAAUUGAAUCAAUGAAUCAAACACUUUCUAUGAGGAAAGUCGAGUGUCUGCAUGCAGAGGGAGGAGACACUGAAUGUUUAGAUGCAUUUUAGGCAGCCAUGACCCAGGAAGGAUCUCUAACAGCCAUCUGAGGAGUGGCCAGUGAAGUUAUCACUAGGCUGUAAUGUAAACACUGCAUUUUCUCUGAAAAGACAGUGUUUACAGAAAAAAGCCUGAAGGUAAUGGCUCUACACACGAGAACAAAUUCAGUAAGCUGUAGUUGUUCUGGUGACUAUAGUGUCCUUUUAAUAUUCUGCAUGUGAAUUACUUUUUGUCAAAUAUCCUCAUUCUAUAAUUGCAAAAAAGCCACAAAAUAUGUUGGCACUAAAUAGAUGCUAAUAAUAAUAAUAAUAAUAAUAAUAUUUUUUUACCUUUAGCUUUUGUUUUUAAACAGCAUUUUAAACUACCUUAUCAAUCUCAUUUUAUAUCUAUUUUUUCUCAAAAGGACAACAAUUACUCUACUGACACCUUCUUCAGACAGACUCCAAAUAAUGCUGAAGACUCUAUACACACUUUCCCAUCAACAAUGAUGUAUGCCAAAGAUGAUACUUUAGGAAAGAUACCUCUAAAGGUAAGCUGUCAAUCACAUCAUAGAAUAAGGUCAAGAAAACCCUCCACAUGUACAAUAGGACAAGCCACUUAUCACUGAUGGAAUUUGUUACAAUUGACAGGCCAAUUCAGGCCAAUAUAUCUAUACUCUGUACUCACCACUGUAUUUUUACUAGUUAAAGUUUGCUAGCUCACUGUCUCAAGUAUGUAAUGCAGGGCUAUAACAUUCCUAGACUGAAAAUGCAAGACCUUCGGCAAGUUGAGCUUUCAACCUAAAAAAUCCUUAGGGCAUAACUCUAAAACCAAUUUCAUAUUUCUUUACUUGGAUGAAGAGAUCAGUAAAAGUAUGACAAACUAAAUUAUACUAUAUUCAAUAAAAACAGAAAUAAACAAAACAAUAUUCCCAAUGUGAAGAAGUGCCUCAUUCGGAACUGAUGUCUAGUAUCCUGUGAAACAGUUAAACUUUUUAUUAACCUUGAUUCAACAUUUUGGAACAAUUAGAUGCCUGGGGAGGCAUAUUGUUAUUGUUCUGAAUAACAUGGAAAAGUGCAGCAGGUAAUUAUCAAUGGCAGCUUUAUCAUGUUAGUGAUUAGGGAUAUUUAAAGGGUUUCUCGACCAAAAACAGAAUUUUAGGAAAACAACUUUAGGGCAGAAUAAUCUGUCCCAUACUGCUCGAGGGCAGGUUGAAAGAAGGGCAUGGGCAGAACAUGGUGGGGCGCUUGCUACCAUUGGAUGGCUGUUGCCAGCAUACUUUACAUGCUGAUAUCAAUCGUCCAAUAUGCACACAAUUGACAUUAGCCAGCCCGGAACUCUUGAUGGCUAAUGUUGCUCCAAUGAUGCUGCCAGAUGAUGAGUUACAUCUAUGGCAGCAGAAGGGAUAAACUCAUAGUGAAACACUGCACAUACAGACUCCUGGCAUCUUGAUCACUUUAUAUCACUAAAGUGGUCAUGGUGCUUGGAGAAACCCUUUAAUAGAUUUUUUCUAUCAAAGGAAAAAUAUAGUUCUUUUACACUGUAAGUGUAAAAAUCUGCAAUUACUUUGUGUUUUUGGAUCAGCAACAAUCAUCCUGGGAAUAUAAAUAUUAUUGUUUACAAAUUUCUAAAAUACUUCAUGGCCUAUGCGGAAUGAAACGUAAAUGUAAAAGUUAUACUGCGACAGUUUGUUUCUCAGUCACUGCAAAUUCUUACAUCUUCUCUUUUCAUAACAGAAAGAGACUCACCCUACAUACGCCUUUGAAAGAGACACUUUGUGUAAUGAUGUCACCUUCAGAAAAGGUGCUUUGAAAAAUGAAAGUCAUACACCAGAAGAUACAAAAGAACAGAGGGAUUUAUGUGUACGUAGCAAUUCAUUUUCAAUCAAUGUCAAAAAUGUUUUUGCUUUUUUUUUUAUAUGGAAAUAGCAGUCAUCAUGGAUGAUCACAAUUACAAGACUAUGGUAUUGCAAAUAAUUAAGUUUUAAUGAAACAUAAUUAAAAUUAAAGAUCGAUAAGAAAAACUACACAAGCCAAAAUGCAAUUUAAAGAGAGACAUUCAACAAAGAGGCAUCCAAUGUGAAAAUGUAUCUCAUCAAUUUUUGGAAAUAUCAGGGUAAAUGUUAUAUGUAGAGUUGAGCGAACCCGAACUGUAAAGUUCGGGUUCGUACCGAACAUUACGUUUUUUUGACCCUGAACCCGAGCCCGGACAUUUCAGUAACAGUUCGUGUUUGCGUUCAGUGUUCGUCGAUUUAAUGUAGCGUUUUGAAAAGCUGCAGGGCAGCCAAUCAACAAGCGUUUGACUCGUGUGCCCUUAGAAGCCAUCACAGCCAUGCCUCUAUAUAAGCUAGUAGGGGCAUGUCUAUUAAACAUUGAGCAGCCACAGCCACAGUUGUGACGUAUGAGUGGGGGCUUUUCAUAUAAAGCGGGGACCUAUUGCCUCUCCCCCCCCAGCCCCCACCCCCGAGCGAUGGGUGGGGAGCCCUAAAGUAAAAUAAUGGGGGGGACCUAUUGUCCUCCCCUCCGGCCCCCACCCCUGAGUGGCGGGUGGGGGCCCUAAGUACCAAUAAGGGGGGGACCUAUUGUCCUCCCCCCUGUCCCCCACCCCUGAGUGGCUGGUGGGGGCCCUAAAUUAGAAUAAAGGGGGGAACCUAAUGUCCUCCCUCCUGGCCCCCACCCCUGAGCGGUGGGUGGGGGCCCUAAAUAAAAUUUGGGGGGACACCUUAUGUCCUUCCCCUGGGCCCCACCCCUGAGUGGUGGGUGGGGGCCCUAAAUAAAAAUUGGGGGGACUUAAUGUCCUCCCCCAUGGACCCCACCCCUGUGCAGUGGGUGGGGGCCCUAAAUAAAAAUUGGGGGGGGGGACCUAAUGUCCUCCCUCUUAGCACCCACCUCUGAGCGGUGGGUCGGGGCCCUAAAUUAGAUUAAGGAGGGGGACCUAAUAUCCUCACCCCUGGCCCCCACCCCUGAGUGGUGGGUGGGGGCCCUAAAUACCAAUUGGGGGGGACACACCUUAUGUCCUUCCCCUGGCCCCCACCCCUGAGCGGUGGGUGGGGGCCCAAAAUCAAAAUUGGGGGGACUUAAUGUCCUCCCCCAUGGACCCCACCCCUGUGCAGAGGAUGGGGGCCCUAAAUAAAAAUUGGGGGGGACCUAAUGUCCUCCCUCUUAGCACCCACCCCUGAGCGGUGGGUGGGGGCCCUAAAUUAGAUUAAGGAGGGGGACCUAAUGUCCUCACCCCUGGCCCACACCCCUGAGCGGUGGGUGGGGGCCCUAAAUAAAAAUUGGGGGGACUUAAUGUCCUCCCCCAUGGACCCCACCCCUGUGCAGUGGGUGGGGGCCCUAAAUAAAAAUUGGGGGCACUUAAUGUCCUCCCCCAUGGACCCCACCCCUGUGCAGUGGGUGGGGGCCCUAAAUAAUAAUUGGGGGGGGACCUAAUGUCCUCCCUCUUAGCACCCUCCCCUGAGCGGUGGGUGGGGGCCCUAAAUAAAAAUGUAACUCCCCCACCCAGGUGACUAGGGGUCCCCAAACCCCUAGUCACCCCUGUGAAGAAAAUCCCUGUUUUAUGGACUUAGUUUGACUGUUUUGUUCUCCCCCCCUUUAGAACAACAGUUUAAACCCUUAAUAACUGUCAUAUUUUCAAACUCUGUAUGACCCUUUUAACUGUCAUUUUGUUUUCCACAGAGGAGGAGUGGUUUUACUGCAUGAAUACUGUUGCUUUGUGUGCAUUAACCAGAUCUCUACCCAGCAAUAAGCCUCGGCUCAUGUGUGGAAGGUUAUGCUAUGCUUGUGACUACACUCUGCCUGGAAGAAUUAUUCGCUAACUACUGGGAGAGAGGUUUGGACCGUCACAAUUGGUGGCAGCGGCGGGAUCGUCCCUUUCUCAUGAAUUUAUAAUUCAAGCCUGAACCUGGAGCAUGCAUGGAAGCUUACUACAACCAGCUCAAGCGCAACACCAUGAAAGACUUAUUGGAGGUUCGAGGGUGCAGCGGCAGCAAUAAGACCAAAUGCUGUAUUGUAAGCGAACUAAUGGAGCUGGACAGGGAAAGUAUGGCUGCGGCAACCCCGGCUGUUCAUUCAGAAGAAAGCGAAGUGGGACGAGAAAUAAGGGAACGGCUGUUCGGGCCAAACAAUGCGCCAGAAAUCAUCCUUCGCAUAAUUGACAGUGCGAAUGAAACUCCGAAUAAGCGACGGGAAUUACAAAUCCGCUUAGUGGAGGCGUAGAGAACUACAGCGGUCGCACCAAACAGUUCCAGCUUUAACCCCGAACCGCAGAAAAUUCCCUUCAGCGCAUCCAAAGCUUUUGAGGAGGCUACAGACGAGAUUGAUGGCGAAAACUCAGGGAGUCCAGGAAGACAGUAACAAAUUCGUACACGGAGUGGGCUUGCAGGCUGCAUCGGUCAUGGGUGAAUGGAUGCCAAGCUACCACCCUGGAGGAAUUAUUACAGCUGGUGCUUCUUGAACAGUUUUUCUCGCUGCUACAAACGGAUGUAAAGGAAUGGGUGAGGGAUCGUAACCCCCUCAAACUGCAAGAAGCAGCACGGCUUGCAGUUGAAUAUACGGAUGCCCGCAAGCCGGAACGACCCUCCCUCAGACCUCAACCAGCAUGGAUUGAGCCACCAGCACCACUGUCAGGGGGCAACUAUCCACCACCACAGCGAGCCCCAGAAGCCGUUAGUCAACCUCCCCAGACUAUGGGACCCAGAUGUUUCCGGUGCAAGCAGGUGGGACACUACCGCAGGGAUUGCCCAAUGGAACCUACCCAAUCUACGUGGAAUCACGAGGUUCAGGAGGUUCACGCUGUGACUAUCCGUUACCAGCUCCCGACCAGCAGUGCACACCAUGGACUUCCCCGUGUCCUCUACCUGGGAGGCCCAGUACGUUUAGUAGUUAUACUCAGAAAAGGAGGAAGUUGAGAGUUAUGCAGUUUAGUGAAAGACAUGGUAUCAAAUGUCCAAUAUGCACAGAAUUGACAUUAGCCAGCCCGGAACUCUUGAUGGCUAAUGUUGCUCCAAUGAUGCUGCCAGAUGAUGAGUUACAUCUAUGGCAGCAGAAGGGAUAAACUCAUAGUGAAACACUGCACAUACAGACUCCUGGCAUCUUGAUCACUUUAUAUCACUAAAGUGGUCAUGGUGCUUGGAAAAACCCUUUAAUAAUUUUUUUUUUUAUCAAAGGAAAAAUAUAGUUCUUUUACACUGUAAGUGUAAAAAUCUGCAAUUACUUUGUGUUUUUGGAUCAGCAACAAUCAUCCUGGGAAUAUAAAUAUUAUUGUUUACAAAUCUCUAACAUACUUCAUGGCCUAUGCGGAAUGAAACGUAAAUGUAAAAGUUAUACUGCGACAGUUUGUUUCUCAGUCACUGCAAAUUCUUACAUCUUCUCUUUUCAUAACAGAAAGAGACUCACCUUACAUACGCCUUUGAAAGAGACACUUCGUGUAAUGAUGUCACCUUCAGAAAAGGUGCUUUGAAAAAUGAAAGUCAUACACCAGAAGAUACAAAAGAACAGAGGGAUUUAUGUGUACGUAGCAAUUCAUUUUCAAACAAUGUCAAAAAUGUUUUUGCUUUUUUUUAAAAAUAUGGAAAUAGUUAAUUAUAUAUAUAUUGCAAAUAAUUUUUUUUGUUUAAUAUCAUUUUUAUUGUGUUUUCAAUACGUAAAAUCAUUGCAUAGGGUACAGAAUAGAGAAGGGAUUGGCAAGGAUAUAACAUAGUGGGGGUCCUGCAGAGUUAUACAGAAUGAUUAAAACAGAGUUGUUUCGUAUACUUGAACCCGUUCUAUGUUAACGAAGUGUGGUGAUGGGGAUGGAGCAGGUGGGAAGGGGGUGAACAGGGUGAGGGCGGUGGUUGGGAAGUAGGGGAUCCUGUCGCUACCUGCCUAUAUAGAAGUUUAGAGUCCGGAAUCUCGAGUUCUCCGGCCCUCUGUGGUAAAGUGUUUGGAUUUCCGUAUAAGACUGGAUUAAAUACUCUCGCUACAGCUGGUUAUGAGUGCGUUUCCUGCGGGGGGCAUUCCCAGUAGGAGAGCCAGGGUUUCCAAAUUUUGAGAUAUUUAGUUCUCUUACCCUGUGUUGACCAGUGGAUCUCCUCUAGCUCUCUGGUCCUCUCCACCCUUUGGACCCAUUGGUCUCUAGAGGGUGUUUGUGGUUGUCGCCAGAGCAUAGGUAUAAGUGCAUUGGCCUCGCCUAGGAGGGUGUUUAGGAGUUGCUGUUUAUACGGGUCUAUCAGUGCCCGAGGCCACCCUAGAAGUACCUGGGAGGGGGAUAUAUGUGCCCUCAUGGAUAGGAUUUUCUUAAUGUCUGUAAGUAUCAGGUCCCAGAAUGGUGCUAUGUUCUUGCAGCUCCACCAUAUGUGUUCCAUGUUGCCCUCUGCUCUUUCGCACCUCCAGCACUGGUCGCUUACUGUGGGCCAGUAGGUGUGGAGAAGGGCUGGUGUUCUAUACCAUCUGGUGACCCGUUUGUAAAAUGUUUCUUUGCGAGCAAUGCUUAGCGGGGAUUUCAUCCCUAAGGUCAUGAUGUGUGCCCAGUCACUAUGCGUCAUGUGAAUGUGGAGUUCCCUCAUCCAUUUUCGUUGGUAUGAGGGUCUGGGUGUAUCCGCUGCUUCCAUUUGGAGGAGGCGGUAGAUGGCCGAUAGGGGCCGUUUUGUUUUAUUGCCCUGGGAGCAGAGGGAUUCGAAGAGUGUUUUGUCCCUUUUCCUCCAAAACGGGAGGACCGAUUGGGUCAAGAAGUGGGUUAGUUGUGCUUUGGCCAUAAUGUCUAGUAAUGUUCCCCUGUUACCUGGUGUGAGGAAGGCCUUUAUUUUAGGAGGGUCAUCUCCUGUGAAGACCGUCGCAACUUCGGGGCAGGCCUCUCCAGUGACCCGGGUUAGAGUAGUGCUACCCUGACCAUUUUGGAAGUCUGGGUUGUUGGCCAGGGGAAAAAACUGGGAUAGACCGGGAGAUAGUCCCCAGUCCUCUCUAUGUCUCCUCCAUGUCCGGAGUGUGUUAUGUAUGAGGGGAUGGUGUGUUGGGGUGAGUGUUGUGAGUUGGCAUGUCUGCCAAGGGAGUGUGUGGAGAGGGACCGUCGCAUAGCUCUGUUCAAGAUUGUACCAGGCUUUAGGAGUGUCGACCUUAUUCCAGUCCCUGACUCGUGUGAGGAGAACUGCUACGUAAUAUUUGUAUAGGUGAGGUAAGCCUAACCCCCCCUUCCCCGGUGGCGCUGUUAUUGUCGAGUAUGCCAACCUCGCAGGUUUGUUUCCCCAUGUGAAUUUUCCGAAUAUGGAUCUCAAGCGUCGGAAGAAUUCUCCCGGUAGAGGGAUUGGGAGGGUCUGAAACAGGUAUAGCACUUUCGGUAGGGUCAUCAUUUUUAUUAUAUUGACUCGGCCCAUUAAUGAGAAUUGGGGUGAGUCCCAUUUUUUGAAGUCUUGGGCUAUAGUAUCUAUGAGUGUCGGGAAGUUCUGACUGUACAGAUCCUUGAGUAACGGGGUGAGGCGGAUACCAAGGUAUGUCAAGCUUUUCUGGGCCCAGGCGAAGUUAUGGGAUUCCCUGAUUCGGGCCUGUAGGGUCGAUGGUAUGGAGAGUCCUAGUAUCUCGCAUUUUUCUGUGUUGAUUUUGAAAUUCGAUAGUGUGCCAAAUUUGUUUAUUUCUAUUUGUACUUGUGUCAGUGUGUGGAGCGGGUCCGUGACCGAGAAGAGCACGUCGUCUGCGAAUGCAGAGACCUUUACCUCUCCCCCUGGAUAGCGGUGUCCCUUAAUUUGGGGGUUGUUCCUGAUAGCUGUCAGAAAAGGCUCUAUCGCCAAGACGAACAGGAGAGGGGAUAGUGGGCAUCCCUGGCGGGUGCCGUUUCCUAUUUGGAAGGGGGUGGAGUAUUGCAAAUAAUUAAGUUUUAAUGAAACAUAAUUAAAAUUAAAGAUCGAUAAGAAAUACUACACAAGCCAAAAUUUUAUUUAAAGAGAGACAUUCAACAAAGAGGCAUCCGAUGAAAAUGUAUCUCAACAAUUUUUUAUUGGUCCAUAUAGAGAUGAAGAAAUAAUUACACUUUUAAUAAGAACUGGAAAUUGUCAUUUAGUAUUUUGAAUUCUCAUGGCACAAGGGCUGAGUCCAGGGAUGUAUAUUUCAGGGUUAUUUACUAAAGUGAGAUGUUAGUAAUUCAAGUGAAUUGAAGUUAUUUCGAGAUUUGUUCUAUUUUGACUUUAAAUUUUACUUUAAAAAAAAAAACAAAAAACCUCACAUUGAAUUCCCACCAAUUCUCACUUAAGUGAAAGUAAACUGAAUAAAAAGUAAAAACCUUAUGAGCGAUUGAACUUGAAUUAUAUUGUAUCAAUGUUUAUUGAAUAUGAGUUUUCUUUUUCCCACCAGGAUGAAAACAAUUAUCCUUCUGAAUAUGUCUCCAGAAAAACAUCCUUUAAUGUUGUAGGUUCCUCACGCAAUCAAUCAGUGGAUGCUGCUUUUUCCAAACCAACACUUGACAUUCAAGAAACUAAGUCUACAACAGGAGAAAAUGUAGAAAUUGUUUUAAAGCAUGACUUGUCUCUCAAUGCCAGGAAGGUAAGUUAGUGUCAACAAGUCUAACAUGAUUAAAUGUGUAACAAAAUGGUAAAUAUUAUCAGUGGGGCUAAUUCUGUAGUUCCCAAAGCCAUUCAAAAAGCUUGUUUUUUUAAAGGGACACUAUAGUCACCUGAACAACUUUAGCUUAAUGAAGCAGUUUUGGUGUAUAGAACAUGCCCUUGCAGCCUCACUGCUCAAUCCUCUGCCAUUUAGGAGUUAAAUCCCUUUGUUUAUGAACCCUAGUCACACCUCCCUGCAUGUGACUUGCACAGCCUUCCAUAAACAGUUCCGGUAAAGAGAGCCCUAUUUAGGCUUUCUUUAUUGCAAGUUCUGUUUAAUUAAGAUUUUCUUAUCCCCUGCUAUGUUAAUAGGUUGCUAGACCCUACAAGAGCCUCCUGUAUGUGAUUAAAGUUCGAUUUAGAGAUUGAGAUACAAUUAUUUAAAGGACCACUAUAGUGCCAGGAAAACAUACUCGUUUUCCUGGCACUAUAGUGCCCUGAGGGUGCCCCCACACUCAGGGUCCCCCUCCCGCCCGGCUCUGGAAGGGGGAAAGGGGUAAAAACGUACCUUUUUCCAGCGCUGGGGAGCUCUCCUCCUCCGAUCUCUCCUCCUGGCUGAAUGCGCGCGGCACGCGCGCAUUCAGCCGGUCACAUAGGAAAGCAUUCAUAAUGCUUUCCUAUGGACGCUGGCGUGCUCUCACUGUGAAAAUCACAGUGAGAAGCACGCAAGCGCCUCUAGCUGAGACAGCCGCUAGAGGAAAUAGGGGAAGGCUUAACCCAUUCAUAAACAUAGCAGUUUCUCUGAAACUGCUAUGUUUAUGAAAAAAUGGGUUAACCCUAUCUGGACCUGGCACCCAGACCACUGAAGUGGUCUGGGUGCCUAGAGUGGUCCUUUAAGGUAAAUUACAUCUGUUUGAAAGUGAAACCAGUUUUUUUUUUUCAUGCAGGCUCUGCCAGUCAUAGCCAGGGGAGGUGUGGCUAGGGCUGCAUAAACAGAAACAAAGUGAUUUAACUCCUAAAUGACAGUGAAUUGAGCAGUGAAAUUGCAGGGGAAUGAUCCAUACACUAAAACUGCUUUAUUUAGCUAAAGUAAUGUAGGUGACUAUAGUGUUCCUUUAAUAAUAACACAAUGUGUUUUUGGUUUUUUUAGAAUACUUUGUUCAAAUCAGAAAUUGCCAUUGACGCUGCGUUCUCCAAACUCACACUUGAUAUUCUAGAAGCUAAUUCUGUACCAGGAGAAAAUUUAGAAAUAUUAGCUUUAAACCAUGAUUUGUCAACCAAUGCCAGCAAGGUAAGUGCAUGACAACAAUUUUAACAUGAUUAAUGUUAAAUCAGUGGAUGCUGCUUUCUCCAAACCAACACUUGACAUUCAAGAAGCUAAGUCUACAACAGGAGAAAAUGUAGAAAUAGUUUUAAAGCAUGACUUGUCUCUCAAUGCCAGGAAGGUAAGUUAGUGUCAACAAGUCUAACAUGAUUAAAUGUGUAACAAAAUGGUAAAUAUUAUCAGUGUGGCUAAUUCUGUGGUAGUUCCCAAAGCCAUUCAAAAAGCUUGUUUUGUUAAUAAUAACACAAUGUGUUUUUGUUUUUUUAGAAUACUUUGUUCAAAUCAGAAAUUGCCAUUGAUACUGCGUUCUCCAAAUUAACACUUGAUAUUCUAGAAGCUAAUUCUGUACCAGGAGAAAAUGUAGAAAUAUUAGCUUUAAACCAUGACUUGUCAACCAAUGCCAGCAAGGUAAGUGCAUGACAACAAUUUUAACAUGAUUAAUUUGUUAAAAUACUUAAAAAUAUAAACAAACAAUAAAUGUGUAAAAAAAUUAGUUAAUAUUUUCAGUGUGGCUUACUAAAUUAAUUUGGUCUCAUGUUUGAUUCACAAUAUAAGACAACUCAAUCUGCUUACAGAGACACUCUUAUUAUCACUACCUAACUACCUUUCAUACCACCUUACCGUAUGAGAUUAAACCUUUAUUGAGCAGUUUAACUCCAAACCUUCGUAGAUGGUGCCUGUUUGCAAAGCCCAUCAAUUUCCUUCAGAGGUCCAAGGCUUCAAUCAGUGUACCUUUUUCACUAAGUUUUAUGAAUGGGGAGCUAGUGAUAGGCUUGAUUGGUUUUUAGAAUUGUGCAUGGCAAGAACAUUCUGAACACUUUUUCGAGACAACUGAAUUUAGGCCAAAUUGCAGUUUGGCCUGAAACUAAUAUCCAAGUAUAUUGGUUUCCAGUCCAACCACACAGUGGUGUACACAUGACCCAUGGGGCCCCGGUGCAAAAAUUGAUCCGUGCCCCCCCCCUUACUCUGUGCGGGCCAGGGCCGCAACACAUGGCGGCGGGCACCUGGUCGCAGGGGUUGCAGGGCUGCGAACCUGCGACCGCGGUAUGCACACACACUUAAAGGACCACUACAGACACUCAGAUCACAUCAGCUCAAUGAAGUGGUCUGGGUGCCAGGUCCCUCUAGUUUUAACCCAGCAGCUGAAAACAUAGCAGUUUCAGAGAAACUGCUAUGUUUCACUGAGGGUUAAUCCAGCCUCUAGUGGCUGUCUCAUUGACAGCCGCUAGAGGAGCUUCCGCGAUGCUAAGACACUGAACGUCCAUAGGAAAGCAUUGAGUAAUGCUUUCCUAUGGGCGGUUUGAAUGCACGUGCGGCUCUUGCCGCGCAUGCACAUUCGGAGCUGAGAGGCGGAGGGAUCCCCAGCGCCAAGGGAGUCCGGCGCUGGAGAAAGGUAAGUGCUGAAGACACACACACUCUCACGAACAGACGCAUACACACUAGCUAACAGACACACACAUUUACUGACAGAGACACACUCAGCGACAUACAUACACACUUACUUACAAAACAUACAGUCUCACUGACAAACACACACUCACUAACAGACAUCAAACAGACACACACAAACACACUCAGUAACACACUCACUGACACUCACUAGCAGACACACACUCAAUAACAGACACACUCACUGACACUAGCAGACACACACUAACACACACACUAUAACACGAACACGCACACUAACACACAUACUAACACACACACUAACACUAACACACACACACUAACACACACACACUAACAAACACACUCUAACACACACACACACACACAAACACUAACACACACACACACACUCACACACACACACUCACACACACAAACAUUUUUUUUUUUAAUUUAAUCCCCUCAGCCUCCUUACCUGUGGGAGUGCUGAGGGGAUUCUCUGGGGUCCAGUGGUAUCACCGGGCGGGCGGGCUGUCUGGGUGGCCGGCGCGCAAGGGAGCACUCUCCCUGGCUGAGUGCUUCCUCUUCAGCUCCCUUGCGCGCCGCAUACUGAUACCGGAGUCAGAAGAUGAUGUCAUCUUCCGGCUCCGGUUUUUAGUGUGGCGCGCGAGGAAGAGGAAGCACUCAGCCAGGGAGAGUGCUCCCUCGCGCGCUGGCCACCCAGACAGCCCGCCCACCCGCUGAUACCACGGCCAGCCUCGGGGGUCCCUGAGGUGGCCAGCUCCUGGGCCCCCCAGGAGAAGAGGCUGGCCACAGUGGGUACAUACCGGUUCGCCGGGCCCCCUGGCGGGCCGGGCCCGGUCGCAGCCGCGACCCCUGUGACCCUGGUAUGUACGCCACUGCAACCACAGUUGUCUGACUGUAAUUCAAGAUGAUAGCAGCGUAUAUUAAAAUGUGUGUCGCCUUGAUAUUCAGUCAGUGUGCAGCCCUCCAAAUAGUAGUAAGUGGAGGGCUGAUAAAAAAUAAAUAAAAAGUAAAUACAUCAGCAUGGUUUUAUUAUUCUUGGACUUGUUUUGUGAUUCAGGAUUUGUUGCUUCGUGAUGUUUUGAGUCUUUUUAUAAUCACAUUUGUUUUGACCAAUGAAAUCAGAAUUUGGAAUUUCAAGAGGUAAGCACGAAAUUCUGAUUUUUCUUUUACAGUUUUUUUUAAAUUCAUUUAAUUGACCUUUUACAACUAUAUUUUUAAAUCAUAUUUGCAGAUAAAUAAAGAACCACAACCACAUGAUGAGCUGUUUGACACUAAAAUAUUUGGAGAAGAAUUCUGUAAAUGGUUCUACCAGCUCCUUAAUUCCCAUAACCCACAAAGUGGCACAGCAAAAGGUGACUGGGGACCUUGUCACUUUUGGGAUAAUGCUAUUUUAAAGCUUAUAUAUUGCACAACAGAAAAAACAGAGGAGCAUAAAGGAGCCCAGAUGACAAGUCAAUGUUUGCUUUCUUUAGUACAAGAAAAAAAACUGAUGUUUAGUCCUAAUCUUGAUGACAGCGGACUAAAAUGCGUGAAGUCUCUUCAUGGACUGGUAGUCGUAGCCAUUGCUGGUAUAGUCAUCAGAGAUAAUUCUUGUCUGGAUUUAUUUCAACAUAUUUUUGGGCUUGUUCUUUGCCCAAUUAGUAACAAUUGGAAAAUACAAUUUGUUAAAAUGAAAUUCUGUGGAAAAACAUCAACAUUAGAUUAUUCUAUGUGUAAACCCGCUGUUGAAUAUAAAACAAAAGAAUUGAUAACUGUGGCUGAACUCUUUGACUUGGGUAGAAAGUCAUUGGGUCAUUCGGUUAUCUGGCAAGAAUAACUGCUUGUGCUUGUGUGGUGCUUGUGUGGCACCAGAGUAAUCAGUUUCGCUUCGCCUGUCCUCAGGUGGCCCGUAUUUAGCUUUUCAGGGUUGUGUUGUGCCAUUUUUCUAUUGUAUUUAUUGUACAGAUCAUAAGCUGGAACAACUAGCAUCUGCUCAGCUCCGUUUUCAGACCCUGUUUUUAGGUAAAAUAGGUUUUCCUCCAAGCUGUCAGUCAAUCCUUCAGUGUUCUGAGCAGAAAAGCCCUACCACAUGAAGUCCCUCUGCUUUCCUCAGCUAACCACUACUGCGCAUGUGCGGCGGUUGCUCUUGAAACUCAUGGAUUGAUGUGACGCCACUCCGUCCCCAUGCCAGCACAUUGGCAAUGAAGCCAGUAUGUUGACGUCACUGACAAGCAGGGCAAGUCAAAGAAGAACAGAGGCAGAGCGGAAGACGGCUCGGAGGUGCGCAACACCCACAAAGCAUGAAUAUGGUGGUGUUGGAACAGAGCAAAAGUGAGCAAAUCUUUAUAUUUUACAUUGAAUAUACCUUGUAUCUUUGUGAUGUAUGGUAUAUUCAAUGUAUAUAGUAUUGAUUUCAGGUAAAUUAUUUUUUUCACAACAGGUUCACUUUAACUUUUAUUAGGGAUGGGCAUGGGCAAAACAUUUGGUUCAGUUCGGCACUUCUGAAAUUUGGGACUUCGGCAAUUCGGCACUUUGGUACGGCACUUCCAAAUUUCAGGACUUCGGCAAUUCUGGACUUCAGGAAUUCAGGAACUUCGGCACUUUGGCAAUUCGGGACUUUGGCAACCCUUACCUAACCUACAUUUACAUUUUUUAAUCUUUCUUCGUAACUAAAAUGCUCCAUUCCUUUUAUCAAUUUUGUAGCUUGUCUCUACAGGAGCCAGAAUAUGAAGUGUUUCAAUAAGAACAUUAACUGCAAUGUAAAGGCCACUGGUAUUCUCGGGUGGGACCUUUGUAGGACCUGUAAUUAGUCUGGGGACUGAGGUGACAAGUGGCUAGGGAGGCCAUUAGUGGUGGAGAGCUGUUAGUUAUUUUAAAGGAACAUAAAUAAAUGAAGAUAAAACAUAGUUGUCAGGAUACAAUCCUGAUACCAUACCUGUACUAACUACAGGGCCGGACUGGCCCACCGGGAUACCGGGAAAUUUCCCGGUGGGCCGCGGCAUCUGGGGGCUGUGCCACCAGGUGGCCGGUCCGGUGUCACACACUCUUAGGGGGCCGGCCGGCGGCCGCGUUCCACACUGGAGCUCCUUCCUCCUUCAGCCCUCAGCAUUAGUGACAGGAGUGCAGCCGGACCGAGGAGGCUGCCACCUGGCCCGGCGGCUCCAGCGUGGAACGUGGCCGGCCCCCCUGACUCCUCUCAGGUAAAUGGGAAGGUUAAGACAGGGAAUAAAGAGACACAAGGGGAGGGGGGAAAUAAAACAGAGGGGGAAUAGACAC